AUGCCGCUGACACGCAGCGCCGGGCAGCGAGCCUUGGCUCAAAAUAGCAGUCGACGGAAUCCAGCUCGCCAGUCACGGCCCAAUCCAUCUCGCACCUCCAGAAGGGAGCGCGAGGCUUCUUCCAAUUCCUCAGAGUCAGAUUCGACCGGGCAUGGUAGUAAAGGAAGCCCAAAGACAACGCGGCAUUCAAUUUCAAAGACUACCCCUAGAGGCAAAGCCAAUGACAGAAGUCGCCCCGUCGCCACCACGAAGUCUCCAAGUAAACGGCGACAAACUGCUUCAGAGAACCUCAAUCAGAUAUCCCCAACCCACGGUCCAAGUUGGACAGAUCCGCGAAUUCCCUACCAAUUUUGGGUAGAUGUUUUCUUGUAUGCUCGCGAUGAAAGCGGUGCAGAUGCAGCGAAUACGCACUGGCUACUCCAAGCUGCCACUUUAUGCAAACUAUUAUCAGAACCGGCAUUAACAGCCAUUUACCGCUAUCCCGUGAUACGGCAUGCUUCCAAGGCGAAACGACUGGUUUCAUUGCUGGAACGCUCCCCCGCGGACACCCUCUUCAACUACCGCCGGAAAAUAGAGUAUCUUCACCUAAACGUUCGGGUUGUAUCUCAAGCAGUAGCUUCUCAGCUCAUUCGACCCUUGACUCGUCUUAAGGAAUUGAUAUUUUUUAACCCUGCGGAACAGCCGCCCUAUAGAGAGCUUGAUACGCAUGUCAGGUGGAACUAUUCAGAGGAUAUAUUCCUUGCCCUCCAGUCACCACCGGCUGACGAUUUCGAGGCUCUUUCACUGCUCCCCAUUGCCUUGAGGAGCUGGGAGUGGAGUGGAAGCUUGCUUGGUGGCUAUGUUGCAGACUUCAAAGAUAUUAUCCGAAUCCACCAAAUGCCAUCAUUUGCUCACCUUACGCGACUGAGCUUUACGAAUUUCCAAGUCCCUUCGCUCAGGCUUGCCGGGCCGGCGCUUGAUGACCCUCAAGCCAACGUGCAGACCUCUGCUGAGGACGACGAGGUCAUUGAUGCUAUUGGAGAUGCUAUAGCACAUCUUCAAUCCCUUAAACAUCUGGUCUUUGAAUCAUCUACCAUCAUGACAAGUCGUCUGCUCUCCCGUUUACCUACGUACCUUACUCAUCUAGAGCUCAUCAAUUGUUGGGAGAUUGAUGCUGAGAAUCUAGCCAUGUUCCUCAUCACUCAUGGCAGCAGCCUCCGCACGCUUUCUCUGAUGCACAACCAGUCUUUGGAUCUUACCUUCUUAACAAUUUUGGCCGAGGCUUGCCCCAGCCUACAAGAGCUGCGCAUGAACAUGUCUUACUAUAGGCACCAUGAUUCACUCAAUGAUGCGGAUCCCAUGUAUGACUUCGCCCUUCUCCCCGAUCAGAUCCCAACUUGGCCCCCUAGUAUCCGCGUCAUCGAUAUCGAACAUAUCCGAAGCUGGUCCAUAGAAAGUGUGUAUACGUUCAUUCACUCGCUUGUUGAUAAUGCCACGAGUUUGCCAAAUUUGCGUGAGCUGAUGAUCAAGACUGCGCUUGAUAUCCCAUGGCAAACUCGUGCUGAGCUGCGACACAAGCUAAGAGACAUGCUUGAACGAGUAUUUCUCCGAGAGGAUGAGGAUCCACACGAUGCGGCGGCUCCUAAACAGACGAGUGACACUCAUGAUCUUGCUAGACCACGCAAGAGAAAACGAUCCAGGUCACCGAGGUCUCCUGUACGAAGGAGUAAUAGAAUCGAGGCGCAUGUGCGUGGCUCGCUCCGUCGUCCCAGAAGAGACAACACAUCGCAACGGCACGGGCUUGGAAGGCCGCUCUACCGAGAACCGGAUACUGAUGAAGACGAGUUUGAUGACACAGAGUUAUCCGAUGCCGAAACUCAGCAAAGCUCAUCUUCCAAUCCUCAACCAGAAUUGGCAGUUCAGGGGCUUUGCCACACUGUCAACAUCAUAAUCGAUAAUCAGAAAACGAGAGAGUUUCCGUACAGUAUGGAUGACUUCCUCUCUGAUGGCGAAGGGUCUUCAGGCGUGGAGUGGGACGGGGAUGAUGACGACGAUCACGACUUUUCUAUUGCGUUCUGA